GAGUGUCGUGGGCGGUAAACAAUUUGUUGUUGAUCAUUUCGGAUGACGUCUACAGCCUUGCGCAGCCGCAGCCCGGUAGGAGAAGAUGGUGCUUAUCAAGGAAUACCGCGUGAUCCUACCGAUCUCUGUGCAAGAGUACCAAGUUGGUCAGCUGUUCACCGUAGCUGAGGCCAGUAAGAAUGAGACGGGGGGAGGAGAAGGCAUUGAGGUGCUGAUAAAUGAACCCUAUGAGGAAGAGGGAGAGAAGGGACAGUACACACAUAAAGUUUACCAUCUGAAGAGUAAAGUCCCAGGCUGGUUGAGGUAUAUUGCACCAGAGGGAGCAUUAGUUUUCCAUGAAAAAGCCUGGAAUGCCUACCCAUACUGUCGCACCGUUAUAACGAACGAGUAUAUGAAAGAUGACUUCCUGAUAAAGAUUGAGACGUGGCACAAACCUGACAUGGGAACUCUAGAAAACGUGCAUGACUUGGAUGGUCCUACGUGGAAGACAGUGGAGGUGAUUCCCAUCGACAUCGCAGACAAAGAUGUGGUGGCCCAUGGGGAUUAUAAAGCAGAGGAGGAUCCUGCUCUGUUCAAAUCUACAAAGACAGGCAGAGGACCGCUCUCACCUGAAUGGAAGAACGAUCUGAUGAACAAGACCGACUGUCCUAAGAUGUGUGCCUACAAACUGGUCACUGUCAAGUUCAAGUGGUGGGGCCUGCAGACCAAAGUAGAGAACUUCAUCCAGAAGCAAGAGAAGCGUAUUUUCACUAACUUCCAUCGCCAGUUGUUCUGUUGGAUUGACAACUGGGUGGAGCUGACCAUGGCAGACAUCCGACGAAUGGAGGAAGAGACCAAGAAAGAGCUGGAAGAGAUGCGUGAGAAGGGCACCGUUAGAGGAACCUCGGCAACGGAAGAGUAACCCCGCCCCUAUAGGUCAAAGGUCAGAGACAGGCUGACUGCGUAGUUCAGGUCAGGUCCGAGGCAUGAGUGCUGCUCAUGAGCAGUGAGGUCGACCAACCAAACCCUUCCAUGAUGAUGAUGUCACCAAGCUCACAAAGAAGAGGAAGUCAGCUGCUCUACUUCCUGUCUCCCAUGAUUCAUAUAGGGGUUUGUCCUGAUUGGUCAAUAGUAGUGUACCGACCCCCAAUCACACGCCUCCUAUUCACAUUUAAAAAACGAUUUGCACAGAAAGUACAUUUAAAUUGCCUGUAACUAUAAUUGUUAGUUAAUUAUGAGACAGGCUUCAUUUGUAUCCAAUACACUCAAAGCCAAUCCUUUUAAUCAGACUAGAAUGUUAUUUUACAGUCCUCAGUAUAUGUUAUAGUUUCCCCCUAAAUUGGAAUCGGAUCACUUGUUUUUGUUUUCUGUAUUUUGUUCCCUGUUGGAUACUGUAUCUGUCAUGGCUCUAGUUGGAUACUGUAUCUGUCAUGGCUCUAGUUGGCUUCUGUAUCUGUCAUGGCUCUAGUUGGCUUCUGUAUCUGUCAUGGCUCUAGUUGGCUUCAUCCUUGUUUCGGUCUCCUCCCUCAAGACUAAGUUCUGUAGAAACCCUUAUCCGAGGUGUGGGGGUCCGCAGACUUGAAAUAAGUCCAAAAUGGCACCCUAUUCCAUAUAGUGCACUACUUCUGGCCAGAGGGCCGGGUCUGAAUAGGGUGCCAUUUGGGAAGUCGAUUUAGCACAUCAACCCCUGUCUGGCAGGUGGCUGGAGGAUGUUUUUUUGAUUUGACCCUGUCCAGGCCUGUUGAGUGGUUUGACAUGCAUGUAUAUGAUUCCUGCCCUCUGACCGAUUUUGUUGCAUUGCUGUCCUUUGAUCCGAUGUGUUUUCCUUUUUAAUGUGUUCAGGUUUGAAACAUUUCAUCCAUUGUUUGCCCCAAGUGAGUGUUCGCUGAGUUCAUACAUUUCAGAGCUGCUAGAUCAGCUGUCACUUGUACCUGUAUUUCAGGUGUCAUUCUACUCGGAUGAUGGAGAACAGAUGGAAUUAAACCCUCCUGCCCCUUUUGCUUUCUGCUUACCUGUAGUCACGUCGCUAAUGACUUCGGGGCUAGAAUUUGGUGGCGUUGAAAUACUUUAAAAGUAUUUGAUAGAUACCCAGGUCUGCUGCACCGUUAGGAGGGACAGAAAUACAUUGCCCUUGUGACUGAUGUCUCAAACUGGUAUUCCCACAGGACAGCUAAUUUCUACCACUGUAGUGUUGACUGUCCUCUUAUUUCAUAUUCACGGUUAUAAAACAUGGUCAGGUCCACUCCAGAGGAGUGUUUCCCAAACUCUUUCCUGGGGCCCCCUGGUGGGGGGCAGGACCGUGUUUGGGGAAAACCCUGUUCUAGAUGACCUCUAUCUCCAGUACUGUAAUUAUAUAUAGUAGGGAGCUGACUCAAAUGGCACCCUGUUCCCUAUAUGUAGUGCACAUAUAGUAGAUAGGGUGUUGAGGUUUAGAAUAGGUUGUAUUACUCUUGGAAAGUUUGUCAGAUCAGUGGGCAGUCCAGACACUGCUCUGACAGGUUAGGAUUGGAGAAAGUAAUGUUCCUAGAGCUGUGACUUAGGUAAAAAUGUUCCGCUUUCAGCCAUACUGUAGUUAUAUUACCCCUGUGAAUGUAGUGUGUCUAUGGGAUAAUGCAUGUCUUAGUAUGCAAAGAAAAUAUUUUUGUGUGGAUAAUCACACAUUCUCCAUCAGCGCAACCAUGUAGCUACCUGCUGCAGCAUUAACAGAUAAGGAUAUUUGAUAGUUUAUUCCCGUUAUGUUGUUUUACAUUUUGAUCUCCAGGAUCAUGAAGCCUUGGAGUGAAGAGAGACACUGUUAAAAGGAGAAGUUGUAUUCUUUUGUCCAUUGUGUUUCUCCUAUUUUUUUGGGAUGUUUUUUUUAUUUUUUAGAUUUUAGCCGUUCCUGUUGGGUCACACAGCUGCAUCCGACAAUGGCUGCAUCUACACAGCCAGCCCAGUUCUGAUAUUUUUCCCUCCACAUCCCAUCUGGCUGGUCAAAAGAUGAGAAUUGGGCUACCUGUGUAGAUGCAGCCAAUGUGACCCAUAACUGUCGCAGGUGAUGAUUUGGAUUAGUCUUUAUAGAAGUACCAGUGAUGUGAGCCAGGGUUAGAAGGGCCUAAUGGAGUAUCACUUAACUCAGUCCUGGGGGUCCCCAGAGGUGCCCCCUUUUCAUUCCAGCCCAACACUAAAACUGAAUUAACUAGUUUUCACCAAGCCACUGAUUACUUUAAUCAGGUGUGUUAGAGAUGAGCUGGAAAACUGUGUGUACCCCCCCAGGAAUGGAUUCAGAAACACUGGCCAUCAGUCCAUUGUAUCUGUAUGGUCAUCAUGCCUAAGCACUUGCAAAAUAAAUUUCAACAAUGCAUAUAAAUGUAUAUUUUCUGAUCAUGUAGUGAAUGUAAAAUGUUAAUAUUUUUGUUUUUCACAGCUUCUGAGCUGUGCCAAGGUCUAGACAAUAACAGAAUAUCUAUUAAAAUUUAACACAAAACUCCA